GGGACUUGGGCAGUGUGGACGUGAAAUAUAAUCUUAAAACCAUAACCAACAAUGGCGGAUGAAGAUGUUGCGGCUUUGGUAGUGGACAAUGGUUCCGGAAUGUGCAAGGCGGGCUUCGCCGGAGACGACGCGCCAAGGGCCGUCUUCCCUUCCAUCGUCGGCAGACCCAGGCAUCAGGGUGUGAUGGUUGGUAUGGGACAAAAAGACAGUUAUGUGGGAGACGAAGCCCAAAGCAAGAGAGGUAUCCUCACCCUCAAGUACCCCAUUGAGCACGGCAUUGUCACCAACUGGGACGACAUGGAGAAGAUCUGGCAUCACACUUUCUAUAACGAGCUCCGUGUGGCCCCCGAGGAACACCCCGUGCUGCUCACCGAGGCUCCCCUCAACCCCAAAGCCAACAGAGAAAAGAUGACCCAGAUCAUGUUUGAGACCUUCAACUCGCCCGCCAUGUACGUGGCCAUCCAGGCUGUACUUUCCCUGUACGCUUCCGGCCGUACGACCGGUAUUGUGAUGGACUCUGGGGACGGUGUGUCCCAUACCGUCCCGAUUUAUGAAGGUUACGCUUUGCCGCACGCCAUAAUCAGAUUGGAUCUGGCAGGGAGAGACCUUACGGACUACUUAAUGAAAAUCCUUACAGAGCGUGGCUACUCAUUUACAACAACCGCUGAGCGCGAAAUCGUCAGAGAUAUUAAGGAAAAGUUAUGUUACAUUGCUCUUGACUUUGAACAAGAAAUGCAAACAGCCGCCUCUUCUAGUUCGCUCGAGAAGAGCUAUGAGCUCCCCGACGGCCAGGUCAUCACCAUUGGGAACGAGCGUUUCCGUUGCCCUGAGGCCAUGUUUCAACCUUCAUUUAUUGGCAUGGAGUCCGCCGGCAUCCACGAAACCACGUAUAACAGCAUCAUGAAGUGCGACGUCGACACCGCCAUGUACGUGGCCAUCCAGGCUGUAUUGUCACUGUACGCUUCCGGCCGUACGACCGGUAUUGUGAUGGACUCUGGUGACGGCGUGUCUCAUACCGUGCCUAUUUAUGAAGGCUACGCUUUGCCGCAUGCCAUAAUCAGAUUAGAUCUGGCAGGGAGAGACCUUACGGACUACUUAAUGAAAAUCCUUACAGAGCGCGGCUACUCAUUUACGACAACCGCUGAGCGCGAAAUCGUCAGAGAUAUUAAGGAAAAGUUAUGUUACGUUGCUCUUGACUUUGAACAAGAAAUGCAAACAGCCGCCUCUUCUAGUUCGCUCGAGAAAAGUUAUGAGCUCCCCGACGGCCAGGUCAUCACCAUUGGGAACGAGCGUUUCCGUUGCCCUGAGGCCAUGUUUCAACCUUCAUUUAUUGGCAUGGAGUCCGCCGGCAUCCACGAAACCACGUAUAACAGCAUCAUGAAGUGCGACGUCGACAUCCGAAAAGAUCUGUACGCCAACACAGUACUUUCCGGUGGCAGCACAAUGUUCCCCGGUAUUGCAGACAGAAUGCAGAAAGAAAUAUCCUCGCUUGCCCCACCCACGAUGAAGAUCAAGAUUAUCGCUCCCCCAGAGCGGAAGUACUCCGUUUGGAUCGGCGGCUCCAUUCUGGCGUCCCUGUCCACCUUUCAGCAGAUGUGGAUAAGCAAGCAGGAGUACGACGAGUCCGGCCCCUCCAUCGUCCACAGAAAGUGCUUCUAACAUGUCCAAUUGGAACAUAAGCUAUUAUUAGUGUAUAUUUUGCUUGUGAUUAGAAACAAUAAUAAUAUUAUAAUGUUAUUUGGUUGAACAUUUUAUGUAGCUUAGAUUUUUUUAUAAUUGGUUAAUAUUUAGAGAGAUUAAAACGCGAAGAAAUGAAUGAUCAAUCAACUUG